CUUCCACCCCACCACAGGACAUCCUGACCAAGCCCCAUACAUCGAUGUCUGGCUUACUCUAGUACAACAUCCCCCCAUUUGGCUACAAAAGUGCAAAGCUGCAAGGUGUAGAUUAUUGGUUUCCCGCACCUUGCCAUAUAAAAGGAAAAAAACAAUCCCCACCAUCCUUCCUAGCUGCCCAGAGGAGCUGCCCAAUCCGCCGCCAUAUCUCCCUCGGGGGGAGGGACAAAUAGGCUUUAGGGCAAGCACCUCAGUUUCUAGCAGUGCAGGGGAAGGAGCUGAUACCUUCCUGAGAGCCCUCGAUGACUUGGGCAUCCCCGACUCACCGGGGGUACCAAGCCCAGCUGACCGCUCCGCCCAAACCAGUUUGGAUGGAGCGGACAAGGGGGCCCGCCCAAAGGAGCGACAAACCCAGAAAAGCGAACAGAUCACCCCCUCCUCUGAUGAAUUAGAAGGAGCAGUGGGGGGACAGAAGUUGCCCCUUGGGGAACAGGAAGGCCCCAUAGCUGAUCGAACUCACUCAAAGAAUACCAGGCAGAGUGAGGAAGCUGAUCCUGAGCCUCUCUCAGGAGGGUAGAUCAGUCCGUCGUUGAACCAAACAGAGAGCCUGUAAUUGUCUCUGUGUUUCAACACGUCCCAUUUACUUCCUCGGACCUUUUAAACUGGAAAAUGCAUUAUGGUCCGUUUUGUAACAAACCAGCAGAGGUUACUGAUUUGAUUAAAACUAUUGUAGAUACCCACAAUCCAACUUGGAGGGAUCUACAGCAGUUGAUGAGUACCAUCUUCAAUCCGGAAGAGAGGGAAAAGAUUAGGAAUGCCGCCCUUAAAAUCUUAAAAGGAACUAUGCAAGCCCGGGAUAUGACUUUUGAACGCUGGGUGGCUAGAAAUUUUCCCUCUGAGGAUCCAAGAUGGGACCCUUAUAAGAUCGAGGAUCUUAGGUCCCUUCAGGAUUACCAGCGCCUUGUGGUGCAGGUAAUCCAGGUGGCGGGGAAACCCACUACCAACAUGUCAAAACCUUCUUUGGUGAUCCAAGGUGCUAGUGGCCCGGAAGCCUUCUAUGCCCGACUGUUAGAUGCUUACCGAAUGUACACCCCCAUAGACCCUACUCAGCCUGAAAAUGCUCGCAUGUUGGCAAUGGCCUUCAUUUCUCAAUCAGCCCCUGACAUACGGCGAAAAUUGCAGAAAUUGGAGGGAGCUCUUGGGAAAUCAAUGAGUGAACUGAUGGAAGUGGCGAGGAAAGUUUUUGCAAAUAGGGACAAAAUUGAGGAACAGAAGCAGGAGCAAAAAAUGCAUAAAAAGGCAGAAUUGCUUGCUGCAGCUUUGAUGAGCGGGCCUGCCACCCGAGAUGGGCCAAGACUGGGUAGAGGCUUGAGGGGUCAGGGGGACCCCUGGGGCGGCCCAAGGGGCCAGGGGUCAGGGGGACCCCUGGGGCGGAAUCGGAGCCGGGGGUCAGGGGGACCCCUGGACCCAAAUCGGUGUGCCAUAUGUAAGCGAUUUGGCCACUGGAAGGGAGAAUGCCCUGAAAAAGAACUGGAACGUGCCAAGGAAGGAAAUCGGGGAGGUUAUGCCCGAGACGGCCGAGGUGGACGAGGCAGACCCUUUCGAGGGAGGGGACGAGGGGCGUCCACUACCCCCCUCAUUGGUCUGGCCGAACCCUCCUCGCAUACCAUCACGGUCCGGGGGGCCGCAGCCGGACGGUUCUACUCUUUGACAUAUGGCAAGGUCUCGGUGGACGUUCCCCAGGAGGAAGCAUGGCGCUUAAUGGCUUUACAUGAAAUCGUAGCAGACUCCGGUUGGGAGGAUUUUAAUGUCCCUUCCUUGUGGGCUGAGGACAACCCCCCUGGGUUUGCUCGCCAUCAGACGCCCAUUGUUGUUGAGGAGCUCCCUGCCAAACAUCCAAUUCGCCUUCGUCAACGGGCUUACCCUAGACACAUUAUGCAAGCUAUACAGGGAGUAAUUGAUCUCUAUCUGGCACAUGACAUUCUGGUCCCUACUGAAUCGGCCUGGAACACCCCGAUCUUACCUAUUCCUAAGGGGGAUGGCCGUUUCCGUCCGGUUCAAAAUUUAGUGCCAGUAAAUGCCGCUACCGUGACCAUUCAUCCUUUGGUCCCAAAUCCGUACGUUAUUCUGGGCUUGAUUCCCCAGACUGCGUCAUGGUUUUCGGUCAUAGACCUUAAGGAUGCAUUCUUUACCAUCCCAGUCCAUAAAAAGAGUCAGCAUCUCUUUGCUUUUGAGUGGGAAAAUCCGGCUACUGGUCGUAAACAGCAGUAUACUUGGACCAGGUUGCCUCAAGGUUAUAAGAACUCCCCCACUCUGUUUGGGAAUGCCCUCGCAGCUGAUUUGGAAGCUUUGAACCUCCCCAAGCCGGAGGUCUUGUUGCAGUAUGUUGAUGACCUGCUGGUCACUGGCCAGACAAAGGACAUAUGCUGGCAAAACACUUAUGAUCUCCUACACCUUCUACAGCGACUGGGCUAUAAGGCUUCUCGGAAAAAGGCACAAUUGGUUUUGCAAAAAGUUAGAUACUUGGGCUAUGAUAUUGAGCCUGGAAAACGCACCUUGGGUCAUGAAAGAAAGGAAGCUAUUUGCCGCCUCCCCACCCCACGGACCAAAAAGGAACUCCGGGGGUUUCUGGGGGCUGCUGGGUUUUGCCGUAUUUGGAUUCCUAACUUUAGCCUCCUUGCAAAACCCCUAUAUGAGGCUACCAGAGGCAGUGACCGAGAGCCGCUCCUCUGGCGAAAAGAGGAACAGAAAAGUUUCUCAAGUUUAAAACAUGCUCUGAUGCAAGCCCCCAGUUUGGGCUUGCCAGACUUAGACAAACCUUUUCAGUUAUUUGUGGAUACUAAACAAAAUGUUGCUGUCGGGGUUCUCACCCAAAGGUUAGGAACCUGGCAUCGCCCUGUAGCCUAUCUUUCCAAGCAGCUGGAUCCUGUUGCGAGGGGUUGGCCUGCCUGUCUCAAGGCUGUUGCUGGCACGGCCCUUCUUACUCAAGAGUCGUCCAAGCUCACCUUUGGCCAGGAACUUGAAAUACAAACCCCUCAUGCCUUGAAGGCUGUCUUGGAAACAAAAGGCCAUUUGUGGUUAACCAAUCCCCGAAUGCUUAAAUACCAAGGCCUGAUAACUCACAACCCCAUGAUUGUUCUAAAGCAAUCUACUUCCUUAAAUCCUGCAACUCUCCUUCCUGAACCUGAUCUUGAUGCAGCCCAUGAUUGUAUUCAGACUAUUGGGGAAACAUAUGCCAGCCGCCCUGAUAUGUCAGAUGUCCCACUUCCCCGUCCUGACUAUGUACUGUACACUGACGGCACUAGUUUCCUUCUGGAUGGGGUUCGCAAGGCUGGAUAUGCUGUUGUUACCCUUACUGAUAUAUGGGAAGCCGAACCCCUCCCUCCUGGUACUAGUGCACAGUUGGCGGAGCUCCAUGCUUUAACUAGAGCCCUUGAACUAUCUCAAAAUAUGGAUGUUAACAUUUACACAGAUUCAAAAUAUGCUUUUUUAACUGUUCAAGUCCACGGGGCAUUGUAUAAAGAGAGGGGACUUAUUACAGCAGGGGGAAAGGACAUCAAGUAUGGUCCACAAAUCCUCCGCCUGCUGGACAGUGUUUGGGCCCCUCGCAAGGUGGCUGUCAUGCACUGUAGGGGCCAUCAGAAAUCACCCUCGGACACACAACUGGGUAACCAUAAGGCUGACCGGGAGGCUCGCCAUGCAGCGUUGCGACCUUUCAACCCGCAGGUGCACUGCCUCGCCUUAUGGGACCCCCCAGAAUCUAUGCAGCCUCAUUAUAGUGCAUCUGAACUUGCCCAAGCCCGUGAACUCGAUGCUUCCCAACAGGGGGCUUGGUGGGUCUUGCCCGAUUCUCGUGUUUUCCUCCCAGGCCACAUGGCCUGGGAUGUGGUUAAUCAGGUCCACGCGCUGCACCUGUGGCUGCCCCUUCUGGUGACACUCCGGAAGCUGUCCCUCUACGAACGGGAGCCGAAGAGGAACCCCCUGCAGGUAUUACUCCGGAGGCUAAUACCCAUCGCACGGGCAACGCUCCUCGCUUCACCCUGCGCUCUGGGAGGCAAGUCCCAUCGGCAUUGCCUUGAUUUCAUGUGCUGGUUUUGCCCCUGCCCCUGUGAUUCCUGCUGCUGUUCCCAUUGUAUUGAUUGUGUUUUGUGUAUUGACUGUGCCCUUAUUUGUGACAUAGUUGUUAUUGAACAAGUUCUUGAGGGAUUCUUCUAUUCCAAUUCCUCUGGCCAACGGGUCUAUACCCUAACGGCAACUCCUACGGUUCUCACAGCCCUUAGUCAACCACCUCUUACAUAUUCCUAUCAUUGGUCUUAUGGAUCCAGCUCAGCGCAUUCGUGAGACGGCCCGAGCCAUGGCCUGGUGGGAAUACCAGAAACUUAUCGAGGAAAGUAACAUCGAAAAUGAAACUUUGCAGUAAUUGUAUGACUUGGCAAAGUCUCAACAGGGGGGAAUGAAGGAGAGCCCCUCAUAUGGUGUAUCCUAACAGUAUGUAUCUUAAAGGCCUUGCUUUUAUAUCAUUUAUAGCGCAUCUAUAAAUGUAUUGCCCUUUCUCCUACAUCUGUACUCCUAGAAGGGAACUUGACAUUUGUAGCAAUCUGUCGUAACUAUAAUGUUGUAACCAUUGUAAUUGUGUAACUGGCACGUAUUGUAUACCCAUAUACUUCUGCUUUUGUACUUUUCCAGGUUACUUCUGUAUUUGUACUUUUCCAGUUUAACUAUCUGUAUGUAUGCAUAUUGAGGAACUGAAGUAUGCUAUGAUCAUGAAACCUAUAAAACCUGCCUCAGGGCGUUGCUCGGGGCUCAGUAUUUGUCAGGUUACUGCACUGGGCCUAUUGCUAGCAAUAUUCAAUAAAGCCUGUUUUCUCUGGA